AAAAAUGUGUUCGGCUCAGGAUUUCUCGUCAGAACCGCCCAUGUUUUCCUGACAUGGGUUAUAACGCUGAUUCUCUUCCUGCACGACACCGGUGAGUCCAGAUCACAUACACUCCAUCCGCCAGUUUAUUAGGAACACCCCACCCUUGCUCAUUCAGUCAAACAUGGGGCAAAACUUCACUAUGAUCUCUGAUUUCAUGCCACCGUGUUGCUGCAGGAUUGAGUAUUUUGUGAAACUGCUGAUCUCCUGGGAUUUUCUCACACAACCAUAUCUACAGAGUGGUGUGGGAAAACAAAAAACAUCCAGUGAGGGUCAGUUCUCCAGGUGGAAACGUCUUGGUUAGAGAAGAAUGGCCAGACUGGUUCAUGCUGACAGGAAGUCGACUCUUCAGUAACUCAAAUGAGAAGAAGAAGCAGCCUUUACAUGCACAAUGAAAUUCAUCCACUGCAUUUAACCCAUCUGAAGCAGCGUGCGUGCAGACAUAUACCCAUAGCUACUCUUUACAACCGUGAUCUCCGUAGGGAGGAAGAGGCAGGUCGACUCACACUGCCCGUACUCUUCGUGCUGCUCGUGUUGCUUUCUGUGCUCCUCUACUUUGCUGUGUCACUAAUGGAUCCCGGGUUCGUGCUGACUGAUGACUGCGACUUACAGUUCACUCUUGGCAUCACUGAAGAGCAACAGGACAUGAUUCCCCAAACCAAACCAUUCCGUCAGCGUCGCUGUGGUCAUUGCUUGUUACAGCAACCGAUGAGAUCCAAACACUGCCAGACGUGUCAGCACUGCGUGCGCCGCUAUGAUCAUCACUGCCCGUGGAUUGAGAACUGUGUAGGGGAGAGGAACCAUCGCUGGUUUGUGCUGUACUUGGCCGUGCAGUUUGUCGUGCUGCUCUGGGGGCAACACAUGGCCUGGUCAGGCUUCAGCGAUGCUAUGACAUGGUCAGUGUGGCUGAAAUCAAACAGCAUACUGUUGGUGACGUGCGCUGUGGUGGCACUGCUGACGUUGAUCGUGCUGCUCCUCCUGGGCUCACACCUUUACCUGGUGUCUUUGAACACCACCACCUGGGAGUUCAUGUCACGCCACCGCAUCUCCUACCUCAAACACUGUGGCGUUGACGAGAAUCCCUUCGACCGCGGGACCUUACGCAACCUGUGGAGCUUCUUCUGCGUGUGGAGCAUGGUGGUGUGGGAGCAGGUGUACUUCAGACAAGGCUGCAAUCCCGCUUAGAAAUAAAUACAUUCCUAUUAUUGAUCCAUAUCCUUAGUGAUUGUCAGUUGCAUGGACAGUGUCGUAGUUAGAACCACGUAGAGCCUCAUUUAUAGCGAGUCUGAUUUGGACUGCUGGUUGUCCUGUGAAUAGAUAUCUCGGAGAUUUUAUUUUCACCAAGUUGCAAUUGCACUUUUUAAAGUUAAAGCAGCGUGAGAAGCAUUUUAUUUUUUGCAUGAGUAAGCAAGCCUCAAUAUAAAUGCUUGUUUUCCGAUAAUGACAAAAGAUCAGUGAUUUUAUUACUAACACUCAGUUCUGUAUAAGCUUUCCUUGUGUUAUGUUUUGCUACAGCACAAAGGAACAUCUGUACAAUAAAGCAAAACAUACACUAAAGAGCACAACAAUAUUACUUAAUGUGACAGACAGGGUAAACGACCAACUUUUAUAGCAUAUUCAGUUCCGGAAUGAAAAGCACAAAUUAAGUUCUACCAUUUUUAUUGGGUCAUUUUAGUGGAUUCCUGGACAGCCCCUAAAUAAAACGUAUUUUUAGUAAGGGGGGGGGGAAGCAUUGCAUAAAGCCCGUGUGUCAAUAUAAACAAAGUUGUUCAUAAGUACUGCAGCUGUAAUAUCGGAUUAUUUGGUAGCAUUGUGUAGCUGAAUCGUAGCGGUGGAAAACCUAGUUUUAUCAUCGAGUAGGUAUAUUUAACAGUUAGUCCAAGAAAUUGAGUCGUACAUGAGCUGAUAGCCGACGAGGCACGUAGCGGCGAGUUGGCUAUAAGCUAUGUAUGACGAGAGUGAGCGGGAUAACUUUUAUCCUAUCCACAUUCACUGGAUUUGAGAGCCCUUUUUUUUUUAAAGCAAAUUAUAACUUUAUGCAAAAUGUCUGACAAUCAUUUCUGCUUCGAGUGUGAAACGCUCUAAUAAUUCUUGGGGGAGUUCUUACCCUCAAAUACUUUCUGUUCCCCCUCCAAUCCUUGACUGGUUGAGCAACACGGGACAUUUUGUUUUUCUCUACUCAUGGUAUAUGAACUGGUAGAGUAGCUAAUCAGAGCACACAAUUACUCAUAUGCAAUGAAUGUGGAUAGAAUAAUAGUUAAACUUGUGGUAUUGAGGCACAAUUUUCCCCUCCAUGUCUAAAUACCUGAUAUGAUUACAUGCACAGCGGAAUUCAGUGAUCAGAAGGUGUUAACUAUUAUCUAUUAGCAUGGCCCUGACAGUUAAUGAACUUGUUCCAAUCUAUUGUUUCCAUAGUAACAGCUUGCACAGGGACUUGUAUUGCUGGGUUGUCGGUCACGUGACUUUUCUUAGCAGUUUUACCAGAAGUGAAGUAGCUGGUGGUCUAAACAGCUGCCGUAGUGCAAACAGCUAGCAAGAAGUUAGAGUACGCUCGUAAUCUAGAAGCUCCUGCUCGUUUUAGAUAUAUUCAGAAGAUUGCUAUCGACCCUCUACAGUCUGGCAAAGAAGGAUCUGUGAUAUGAUCUUGAACAAUCUGGUUUUGCAGACAUCCACAGAACAGGUGGAAGAGUAUGGAGGCUUACAACUUUUUUUGUACGUAGCUGGGUAAAGGACCUCGCUAUCAAGUUGCUGCCAAAUGAAUCCUGUAUUGUUUUUGCCCGUCUAUGUAUGGUUUAAGCUUUUCAUUUGCAUCUUUACAACAAAGCGCUGCCAGUUGAACAAACAGUUGGCUUGAUUCUCACUCGUGUCGGCUCUUAUCUCGCAGGUAAAUCAUUCACAAAGAUCAUCAGAAACCCCUUUAAAAGACCUGGAUCUUAGUUAAACAAGACGGAGAAGUGAUCACGGUACAUUGUAACUGUAUGGUUGGGGAAGAAUUUUGUCACGACCUUCAUGCAUAUGGACUGAGGAGUAAACAAAAACAGCUGGAGACUUUAGUGCUUCGUGACAAAAAAAAAGUACCAUAAAAAGAGACAGAGCAAGAAAAGUACUUGGAAAACAUUGACAUGGUGAAAGGUUUGUAUUUCCCUCUCAGUUAAGUGAUCACUGCAACUCGAGCAUGCUUCAACUUGGCUCCCUUCGAUUUCAGUGAGGUUCAAAAGCCGCCUUUCUCGAUGUCUUUUUGGGAAAUCCUGUGUUCGUUCACUUUUUUUUUUUUUUUUAAAUUAGUUCACGGGGAACUCGGAAGACACUUCCGUUUCGCUGUUUGAUUCAAAAACAACGCAAGCAUAAAGCAUUUUUCAUGCAAGCAAUGCAGCUUCAUACAAACGCUGUGUCAGACCACCAGCUAAAGUUCUGAAUAACUAAUGAGGCAGAUGUGAUGUCACAUGAAACCCAGCAAUAGUGGCAGUGCUCUGUAAUUGUAAAGCUGUUAAAGGUUUCAGACAUGGAUUUACACUUUCCAGUUAUAAGCUGCAAUUUUUUUUUGUCUCUCUCUCUGAUUUAACAAAAAGGAGAGGACGGUAAGGGAACAACUGUUUAUAGCUACAAUGACAGAUCACACAACACUGAUGGCUGAACAAGUGUAGUAAUUGGCUGAUAGUCAGCUGGUAUUGAGUCCAUGGGCUUUAGGUGAAAAUUUGGUCAGUUGAUCGCUCAUUUGAUGCGCACUUAACUCUUAUGGGACUCAUCUUCAUGAACAGCUGUGAAAUCAUUGAAGUUCAUCCACUGCUGACUGAGAAAACAAACCGCUGAAAAACGCCGAGCCCUAAGACAAAUGUACUUUAAGUUGGGGUUUGUUUCAUUUAUUUAUUUAUUUUUUUUAAAUAAAUACAUGUUGCUGUUUGAGAAAUUGACAAUCAGAUCAGUAACUGGUACCACCUUAAAUUUCAGCCAUAUGAAAUUACAUCUACUGAAAAUAGAGUAUUUAAUGAUUCCACAAAACAGCUUUCUCUUAAAGAAAUAUCCCAUAAGCAGUCAUACAGGGUUUGUAUAUUGAAAUCAUAUGAAAAACUUCAAGUCUAACUAUUAUUUUUGUAUACAUAUAGCCUGUUUUCAUACUACCUAUCAAGCAAUUCAAAAAAAAAAAGUGCGCAUGUGUAUGGUUUAGAACACUUAGUUUUUAAACGAUUUUUGUAAUAUUUGUUGAAUGGUUGCAACACUGUACUGUUUCUCCUUUAUAGAACAAACCAUUAGAAUGUCUUCUGUGCAAUAUUUUAAAGCCUGGAAAGGAACAAGCAAUAACUAAUUCUCCUCUUAAAGUCACUUCCAAUGAAUUUGCACUUGACUGUUUCAGUAUUUGUGCUGAAAUCCAAUAGACUUUGCUUCGAUUCAAGUUGCUUAUGCAAUGUUUUUCUGACAUGCAAUGAUGUACCGAGUCACAGUGGCAGUAUUCAAUAAAUUGAACAAAUGAA